GAAGAAGAAGAAGAGAUCAGCCCCUUCCAAGCUGCUGUCGCCUCCUGUCUGUUUUCAUGUGUGUUUGGUAGUUUGGAGGCGGGUUGACAGUGUGUGAAACACGGGAGAGACUCACAGGAAAGCUGUGAGAGAUGAACAGUGAAAAUUUCAGCCUGAGUGAGAGGAUAGUGUCGGCCUCCUACAUUCGACAGGGGAGCCAGGCUCGUCGUGGCCAUGAGCAGCUCAUCAGACACUUACUGGAGCAGGGUAAGUGUCCAGAGGAGGGAUGGAGUGAGAGCACCAUCGAGCUCUUCCUGAAUGAGCUGGCUGUGAUGGACAGCAAUAACUUUCUCGGUAACUGUGGCGUCGGAGAGAGGGAAGGCCGCGUGGCAUCCAGCCUUGUGGCAAGACGACAUUACAGGUUGAUCCAUGGCAUAGGACGGUCAGGUGACAUAGCUGCUAUUCAGCCCAAAGCUGCAGGGUCCAGUCUGCUGAACAAGCUGACCAACUCAGUGGUGUUGGACAUCUUAAAGCUCUCAGGUGUCCGGAGUGUGGCAAGCUGCUUUGUAGUUCCCAUGGCAACAGGAAUGAGCUUGACGCUGUGCUUCCUAACCCUUCGUCACCGAAGACCCAAGGCUCGCUACAUCAUUUGGCCUCGCAUCGACCAGAAGUCCUGCUUCAAAGCCAUGAUCACAGCAGGCUUUGAGCCGGUGGUGGUGGAGAACGUUCUUGAGGGCGACGAGUUGCGGACAGACUUGGAAGCAGUUGAGCGCAAAAUCGAAGAGCUCGGAGCCGAGAACAUCCUGUGCGUUCACUCGACAACGUCCUGCUUUGCCCCGCGGGUCCCUGACAGGCUCGAGGAGCUGGCCACCAUGUGUGCCAAUCAUAACAUUCCCCACAUAGUUAACAAUGCAUACGGAGUACAGUCGUCCAAGUGCAUGCAUCUUAUACAACAGGGGGCUCGUGUCGGAAGAAUUGAUGCCUUUGUGCAAAGCUUGGACAAGAACUUCAUGGUUCCAGUAGGUGGCGCCAUUAUUGCAGGUUUUGAUGAGUCCUUCAUACAAGAGAUAAGCAAGAUGUACCCAGGUCGCGCAUCGGCCUCACCUUCCCUCGACGUCCUCAUUACCCUUCUAACUCUGGGUGCCAGCGGCUACAAGAAACUCCUAUCAGAAAGAAAGGAGAUUUAUUUGUUCCUGGCUCAGGAGCUGAAGAGUCUAGCCUCUGCACACGGGGAGAGAUUGCUUCACACCCCACAUAACCCCAUUUCACUGGCCAUGUCUCUGGAUGGUCUCCAGGCUGGGAGCGACAAGGCGGUGACUCAGCUGGGCUCCAUGUUGUUCACGCGGCAAGUGUCAGGAGCCAGGGUGAUACCACUGGGCAAGGAGCAGACCGUAAGCGGACACACGUUUCGCGGCUUCAUGUCGCACUCUGAGGCAUACCCCUGUCCUUAUCUCAAUGCCGCCGCAGCUGUGGGUAUCACUCGAGAAGAUGUGACACUGUGCGUCAAAAGGCUUGACAAGUGCCUGAAGACCCUGAAGAAAGAGGGAGACAGCAGGAAAAGUAGUUCGCCAGUGCUUCCACAGAGCCAGGAGGGCACUAAUGGAGAGGCACUGACUGAGCUGAAGUAACUUUAACAGGAAGUGUAGACGAAGUGAGUUCUGCUUCGUUUGAGCCCUCUGCUGCCUGAACUUUACUCUCACUGUGAUUUGAACUCACCUAUGGAUUAUCAAUCCAGAUUUUGUUAUCAGGUCAAAGACUCGAGCUCAGCAGCAACAGCUGGCGAUGAAACUGCGUGCAGGAUUACAAACAAAGUGACACGAGCUGAUGUCACUGAUUAAUUCCCUCCUCUGUGAAGCUAAUUAGUAGAUACUGUAAGGACACAAGCUGCAUACAAAUGCUCCUCGGGAGCAUAUGGUCGUUCACCACUGAUCUAUAGUUAGACCAAAGCGUUGGAUUGUUGUCUGUAUAUGCUGAAAAUGUUUCGUUAAAUGGAUAAUGGAUCAACCAUUUAUAUGGCAUGUACUUUCUGUGUGUUAUGUCUCCUAAUUAAACCCAUCUUAAGUCUC